AUGACAGACUUGAUAUCAGACUCAGAGACAGAGGAAUUGAUCCCUAUCUCGAGCAUAUCUGCUGAUAAGGUACAGAAAUACCUUCAGCAACUUAAUGACGAUUUAAAGCGGCAGGUUUCCGCAAAAAUUGAGGAAAAGUAUCGAGAUGUUCAGGUUCCUAAAGGUGAUACUGAAAAUCAAGAUAUAGAAAGAGCAUUACUGUUGAUGGCCAAUAAUCAAGCUCAGACCUCAAGAAGAGGGUUAAGAAAGCGUAAUUUUUCAUCGACACAUCCUUAUUUGGCAGAUCAAGCCCAUUGGCUAGGUCUAGCUAGUGCUGACUAUUUGAAUGAUAUCUACGAACAAAACCAUGAUCUUGAAACUAUGCUUCGACUUUUGAACCAACAGUAUCUCCGGAACAAGCAGAAGUACCCCAAUGAGGAACGGUACAAGCUGAAAAGUUUCUUCAAGUUCCUUGGAGUCAGCCAUCCCAAUAAUGAUCCACACCAGAAUCCCCAUAAUACCAAUCAACUGUCCCAAUAUGAAGCAGAAGGCGAUGAUCUCCGCAUAGGAGAACCCGUAUACGGUCCGACUAAUGAGCAGAGCGACUAUGGGUCAGAUGAUUCGUUGGUAGAAACUCAUAAGCCGAUGUUCAUUUCGGAUUCAGAUGAUUCUUUGGUUGACGUCGCAAGACAACCUUUGCCUCCCAUACAAGUUCAAAGUGAUAGUGAAGGGACCGAAGAGGAUUCUAGUGAUAGCGAGGCUUAUGUCAGAGUUGGAGGGCGAGUAAGGAAGGAGAAAUCUGUCCUUAGAGGAGUUUUACCCGAAUCAGCUAGAAGACUAGAUAUAUACACCACCAAAAAACCCCACACUACCAAACGAAGGCUAGAACCGGAAAAACGUAAAGGGUUGGCUGUGAAAAAGAAGCUGUCACACAAAACUCGUUUUCUUAAUGAAGGUGAUUUGUAUAAUGAACUUUUCACCAAUGAAUCAGAUACCAGUGAUCACUACAUACCGUUCAAUGAACCGGUAAAUGUCAAUGAAGCAUUAACAGAGAGUUCUUUAUUUGAUAGUAAGUACGGAGCUUACUUUUCAGACAUAUCUGAUAGUGAAGUGGAAGAAAGAGAUGAUUUUGAUAUGUUUGAACUGAGAAAAGAGCCCCCAAUAGAGUCUAGCCGAGAUAUGACAGAUGUGUACGAUAUAGCUGAGGACUUACCUCGACAAGAGGGCCAACAGUAUCCUCGGAUGUAUGAUCAAAAAGAGAUCAAUCCGGACAUUGUCAGAUCUCCCAGAACUAAGGGUGCUACACCUAAGUCCAGCUCAAAAAGGAAAAAGACUGGUACUAGAAGUUUGGGGCCCAGGAAGAUGUUGAAGAGAAAGGUUUUCGAUAAGUCAGGUGCACAGAAACUGACACGACCAAGAUCCAUCUAUAAAAGCGGGAGCUCUAGGAGUGAGAGUACGAAGAGUGCAAACUCUAAAAGUCGAAGUACCAGUUACCGAAGCGGAGUUCUCAUCCAUACAACUCAGGAAGGUGACACCGCCGUCGUUACAGAACCAACGACAAUUCCACAACCUCCACUGAAACCUUCCGUCUCCAAAGAAACAGUCAAACCACACACUUUAGAUCCGAGACAUUUCUACUUCCAUAGAAAUCCCGUCCUAAGCACCACAGUGUUCGAGGCAGAAAGUGAUAAGAAAUUCGUCAAUUUCAACCGAUACAAUAACCUCACCCGAACUCCACGAGACGUUCAGAGAUCCUCCAUGAUCGAUAUAGAUGUUUCAAGACUUCACAACCUUUCUGAGGGAUUCUAUUUGUUUAAUCUCCCACCAAUCAUAUCGGAUCUCAGUUUUGACACAGUUAACAAACCUCAAUCGACUAAGAACUCCCAAACUACACUACUUAAGAUAGCCAAGUUCAUGAACGAUGAUGAGUUCCAAGGAGCCUUAUCCCAUAUCUCACAGUCAAUCAAGGCAUUGAUUAUUUGGCACUUGACCGUUCAAGAAUCUCCCUCAGACAUGGAAUGGAAGUACCUCCGUAUAAGUUUGAGUACUUUGGUCAAGAGAAACAUCCCUCGAUUGGGGGCUUUAGCUCCAUACUUUCUUUGCUUGUUCUUUAUCUUCUGGAAGCUUGAAGAACGGUAUAGUUUCAGCAGAAACACCACUGUGGAGACGGAAUUCUUGCAGUUCUGUGGAUAUUACUGGAAACUUUUGUUUGCAAGAUUAGGACGAGAAUUAGACGAAGUGGUGCUGAUAGAUACUGAAGACGAUUUCAUGUUCAUAACCCAACUUUUGAGUUAUAAGAAAAGUCUCAUUUGGGACUCUGUGGCUACGGGAGUAAAAGACGUGGAUUCAACGACCUUUGAACCAUCUGAAUGGUUAGAUGGUAUAUUUUUUGUGGCCAAUAAACUCGACUCUAAGCAUUAUAAUUGGAAAUGUUUUUACCAGCUUUACGAACGAGCCACAUUAAGCUCAGCCCAAAGCAGCACCUUUCACAAAGACUUCCUUGAUGUAUGUUUUCUUCUCAAUCAAAGAAAAUCCUGGCCAUUAGAAGAAAAACUCAUUAUGAAGGUGUACGGGACUAUCACCAAAAACAAAUUCUUCAAUUUUUCAGACGAAGGAACCAAGGUCACUACUAUGGGGAGAAUUUAUACUUUCAACGAUAUCCCCAACAGCACUUUCUUUGAGAGAUUCAUGCAGUUGGUUUAUUACUUUGCUUCUUCUUUGGACAAACCAUCUUCCAUGAAGAGACUCGCUAACAAACUAUUGAUUUCCAGUAGUUAUGAAUAUGAAUUAUCUAAGGAGUCCCUUGCUGCUUAUGUGAAUCGUUUCAACUUUGUCAUUCUCUUGAGCCAAGUCUCAGACUUGAACCAAACUCAAUUGGUGACCAACCUCACUAAGCUGAUAAUUGAUUGUGGCAACGUCAAUGUUUAUCAGAUGACCAUCAGAUUAUUGAAGGGUUAUAGUGAAACCAUGGCUGCCAAAAUUAGUAUGGUGCCAGGGAAAAGAAGUUCCGGACAUAUUCCUGUGACUUCAUUCACCUUAUUAUUGGAAAAGAUAUCCCAAUUGACGUACACGUUGACGGGAAGUACACAUGUGCUUAUGGAACUCACGUCAGCCGUAAGAAAGAUAUUCUUGGUACCGGGAAAUGGCUGGCAGUUCUUUGAAAUGUUCAAUGCCUUAGAUCUCAGGAAAUUCUAUGAUAGUAUUUCAUCUAAACUCAUUGAUCUCUGUUUGAAUGUGGCUGAAAUGGUAUCUUUAGAUUUUCCGGAACAACUGCUCCAUGUAGAACAACUGCUCCGUGUGGAACAACUGGGGUGUAUGGAACAAACCAUCACAAAAGUUACUUCCUUCCUUAACCAUCAAAUGGGCCGGUUCCCCAUGCAGAAUAGAGUUCAGGAAAUGAGAUCAGUCAAAGUUAUAGAAGAUUCGAUUAAAAUCUGGAUCAAAUUAAGCAAAACCAUCAAUGCCAAUUGGAAUAAGAUCCUUCUUCAAGACUUCCCUUAUAUGGGUAACUCCUAUCUGAGAGAUAUCUUUGUUUUGUUUUUAGUCAAUAGGAUUCUUGAGUUCGAUUUCCUUGACCAUCAUCGUGAAACCAUUAUUGAAACCAUUUUGAAACAAGUAUCCAAACUCAAUCCUUCAGCUUAUGUUAACGAGACUAUCAACAGUUUGAGGAAGUAUCUGUAUAAUAUGGUGAACUUUAAGAACCAAGCAUUGAACAGAAACCUUUCAGAGAUUGAAGUAUCUACCAAUAAAUUUCAAAUUGUUUCUAGUAUUCUAACCAAUGUUGUCGAUGACCCUAGGAUGCUGGAAGAUACAAAACUGGUUAUCUUGACCAAUUAUGUGGAGUUCCUCAAUGAUGAAUACGAUAAGUAUUUCAUGUCACCUCGAUUUGUUGAUAGUUGUAAGAGAAUUAUUGAACUUCUUCAAUCAAUAUCCCAACUUUCUAAAGACCUGGAAGUUUUCAGAGAGCUAGUGAAUAAGCUAGGAAUCACCCCAGUAUCCUCGGCCCAUUUAAUGUGGAAGAAUAUGAGUGAAAUCGAUCAAUUAUCCAUGUUACAUAAAAAUCUCGUUUCCAGUAUUAUCUACAAAAAAGAUGUCGUACAAACCUUAAAGGAGUUCACAGGUACUUCAUUCCAUUUGAUUUAUCAUCUAAUGAGUAUCUACCUCAAGGGUAUUAUCCAGAAUCAACCAGAACUAUGGAUGCUUUUAUGUCAUCUCAUGGAUUUCCUAAUUGGGGAAAUGGAAAAAUUCAAAGUUGAUAUUACUGAUCGAGAUUUCGGUAGAAUCCUUCUAAUGAUGACAGACAUGACUUCAGUAUACAACUCGAGAUCAGUCAGUCGAUUUGGUAAUGUGUUAAGGAACUAUCAACUUAAAACCAUGAUUUUGACUUGUAAAUUAUUACAAGUUUCUUUCAUUGCUUUUGAUGGGUACAAAGAUCAAAGCAUUAUCUUAGAAAUUAUCCAACGUCAAGUCAUUGACUAUCAACUCCCCAAUUUCCAGAAACUUCAUGAACUUUCCCGUCCCUUUUCCCAUUAUAUCUACUACGACAUUUCCACGACAUCCAAGGAACUAAGUCAAUUAAUGGAAGAUGGUCUUAAUCUCCCUGAAUUGGAAAAAUAUAACCCUGAACAUCAGUUCAGUCAACUUAAUCUCAUUGUCAAUAGUUUAGAGUUUGAGAGUGAAACUUUACCAUUUGACUUCUAA